ACGUGCAGAAGUCCCGGUUUAAGCGUGAGACGACAUCUCGAGACCUUGCUGUUCCAAGUCACUUUGAACCUCCAGGAAUAGAAUUCUCUCAACAGACAGCGGACUUAGGCUCAGCUAAGCGAGCAAAGAGCUCUUCUUUAGCCUCCUGGAGAGGGCGGCUACGUUUCUUCUUGGGUGUGCCUACUUCUCCCCUUGGACUUGCCGGGAGUUGUGAAAGCAGCAUAGGCUGCCGGUAUGGCAACGCCCCUUGUGGGCGGUUCGUGGACAGCAUCGCGGACCUUUGCAUCCGAACAAGAUGUGGCCAUCUUGAAGACAGCUGGCGUCCACUCUAUCCCAGUGGCCUUGGUCCCCACCGACGGUUCGAGGGUCCGACUGGGAAACCCUAGGCUUCUGCACUCACAAAUGGAAGCAAUCUCAUCAUCAUACCGCGAUGUGACUGAGGUCAAGCCUUACUCAUCGGGCGGCGUCUUGAUCCGUACUGAAAGCCUUCGUGUUGCCGUCGACUUCCUGUCGUGCUCCCACUUCGGGUCUUCCGCGGUGAAGUCGUUCAUCCCCUCUCACCUUGUCUCGAUUAAGGGCGUCAUUCGCGGUGUGGACACCUCACUUGCGGUUGGAGACCUUUUGGAAUCAUUCUCCUCUGCAUGCCAUCUCCGUGCAGCGUUGUUCUAAAGUGGACGGGGGGCAGCGCAUUUCCUUGCCCACAGUCAUCGUCUCAUUUGCUGGCUUUACGCUUCCUGCGGAGAUCAAAGUAUGGCCUCUUAUCUUUCCCGUGUUCUCUUUUACUUCGCACCCCCGUCAAUGUACCAAUUGCUAUCGCUUCGGUCACGGCGUUCGUAGUUGUCGCUCCAAGGCUCGAUGUCGAAAGUGUGGAGGUGAGCACAAUGAACCCGACUGUACGUCCCCAACGAUCACCUGCUGUCAGUGCCACCAGUCACAUUUUGCGGAUUCUCCUUCAUGCCCGGCUAGAGAGUCCGAGCAAUGCCUCUUGUCUGUUAUGGACCAGCGGCAUUGCUCGAGGCAGGAUGCCAUACGCGUGGUAUCUGGGCGCGGCGCAUCCUACGCGUCCGCGGCCAGCGCCGCUAGCUCUGUCCCUGUAGCCCUUAAUCAGUCGUUCCUCAUUGAUCUCAUCAAGACUUGUGUCACGCAGGCGCUGGAAAAGUUCUUCAGCUCUCUCAUUCCCACCGCUGCCGUCGCUAGUGCCUUGCAGUCGACUUCGGCUGCUAACGAGCCUCGACCACAGGAAGGCGCAUCAGGUGUAGCCUGCACCAGCGUGCAGCUGCCGGAUAGGCCGUUUCCUGAUGCUUCAUCUCUUCUUUCUACUGACGGCUCCGAGAUGGACCUUGCGGGCCCCUCGCCUUCGGCUGAAGGUCAGGCAGGUCAGCUUUCUCCAUCGUGUAGAAGACGGAAAAGGCGGAGACGCAGGGAUAAGGCAGGGAAGCCUGAGGAUAUUCUGACCCAGCUAGUCCAAACAACAAUCGUCAAUGAUUCUCAGCCUUAGCGUCAUUCAGUGGAACUGCCGUAGCGUGUUAUCGUCUCUAGUUGAUUUGCACCUCGUCAUUCAGGUCGUCAUUCCAUUCCCCCGCUCAUCUUUUAUUCAGUCAUUUCACUCAUCUCAUCCUCUCAUCGCUUCACGUCACCACCGUCACCAUCAACCAUCAACUGGGCCCUCAUGUCACGAUCCGUGGCCAAUUGCCCCGUGCUAUGCGCCACUGCGGAGAAAGACGAAGAAGAAGAAGAAGAAGAAGUUCCAACAGUCCAGUCGUCGUUCACUCAUGCAUGGACCUCACCGGACAUGGUUCCUUGGGCUCACAUAAUCCCGCUUCACGUUGCAGCUUCUGGAAGGCGAGUGUUACGUUAGUAUGCUCCAAUAUUUGUCAGAUACGCGCAUCUCAUGCGCGGUUUAAAGCACAGUAUAUACCGUUAGCAUUUUCGCGAAUGUUGGUAACUCCCAAGCAGAAGCCGAGGCGCACUUUAUGCGUUAAUUUUCCUUUCUUCGAACUAUGAGUAAACUUGAGCACCUGAUUAGGGCAAGCGUAUCGUUGACAUCGAAUCUCCGAAUGGGAAGGCCUAACACUGUAAAGUUUUAUGCCUGUAACACCGGCACCAACACUGUUAAUGUAAUAUGUAUAACAGUGGAUGCUAUAUCAGAUUCAUUCUAUGGUAUACGAUAUUGCCGAAUGUCUUCAGGUAUUCAGUGUUGCGACUAUAAUUUCAAUACAUUUUCAAUUACAAUAGUUUUAAUUUUUCGUAGGCUACAUCAACCGCUGGGGUCUACAGCUGAACAGCAGCGCUGGACACUGUCGACCCCUCGUAGAUGAACAGGUGGAGCUGUAUACCCUAUCAUUGAGAAAAUAAAGUAGCUCUUCUGUUUGGUCUGGACAUUCCUGAUUGGCCCGUAACGCGUGCGUCUUGCGAAGGUCAGGCACGCGAGUCACCUCGCGCCGUGUUAUUCUUUCACCGCUGUGGUUUUGAGAUCACGUUAUCAGUGCUGUUUUCAGGGAAUAGCCCGAGAUGGAAUGUUUUAGCGUAACGGAAUUCAAGUGAAGCGAUUGUGUCGUGGCUACUAAUUUUGCUAUUCUUAGUAGAAAGCCUAACUCUGACCACGGUGGAGGCAACCACUCACGAAGUUUUCGUUGAUACAACGACGGCGAUUACUACGACCAUGGUGCCAACUAAGACUACCCACACCACGGCGACUACGACCACAGCGCCAAUUGAGACUACUACGACUACCACCACGACUAGCACUACUACGACUACCACCACGACUAGCACUACUACGACCACCACUACAACAUCAACGACGACUACUACUACUACGACCACGACGACUACGACCACGACUACAACCACCACGACUACUACUACCACCACCUUGAAACCACCUUUGCCUCAUAAGUUUCUUGCUUGCGUCAGUUCAGUCGUUCAGGCAAUAUUUCACCCACUGGAUGAUGUGUGUUACUUCAUGUUCUUCACCGUCCAAGACAUCAAUCAACUCAAAAACAAGAAUAUCGGUCUUGCGAGAAGCAAAGUUGGUAUCGACAUACCGAGCUCAAAAGCCAACGCUAAUCAGGGCAAACUUGAAAAUUCCAUCGCAGCGUACUGGCCAAAGAUCAGAGACUUCGCUGUCCUGGACAUGGAACUCCGUCCAAGUGUUUCCACUUAUGUCGGUCAUGUCGAAGCAUUUCUAACAGAAACGGACAGACUUCUAAACAUCCAUAUGAAAGCAGAACCAACGCCAAGGAGGAACUUUGGCUACGUGCUUCUAGGUGUGGCCCUACUUCAUGGAAGCCAACAACCAAGCACCAUCAUGGCUAACUUCAAUCAGCUAGUACAAGGAAUUAAGCCAGACGCAAUGGUGUACCGAACAACUUUCAAUCGUAAUAUAACGGACCCAAACGUAUGCCGGACUACAGGACCGUCACCCUGGCAGGGACCUGGCAUGCCGUCUAUGCAGUCGUCAUUCGUUGAGUCGCUGUCAUUCAGACCAUCCAUUGCUCCAUGCCAGAGUGUCACCCAGGUCAAUCCAAAAGAAUUGGUGUGCCAAAAUGGACUAUACUAUAAGGUAGUAACAGACAAUGUGGGGAAGCUUGGAACCGACACCACCCGAGUCGACCAAGGGGGCCGUACGAUUGAGAGCACUUUCACAAUAGCGUACGACUCGGAUUGCACUAUGUCGAAAAAGAUGUGUAUGUCUUUCAAUACCUAUGGCUUCACGGGCGGCUACGUCAUCUUCGACGUCCACUUCCACUACCUGUGUUCAGCACCACCAGCAUUCGUUGAUUCCAAGGGUGACUUCGGCGUUGUGAAGUGGGCAAAAGUUAAUAUGCACAAGAACUACGCCGGGUUAGAAUGCGAGAAGCUCUGCUGAUAAGCUCAUGGGCAAAGAAUGUGAUUAUCAUUUGUAUGCAGAUUAUUGUUUAUAUGGCCGUGAAGCAAUCUGAUGUGAUAUGAUGCAAUAUAUGAUGUUCCAUCCAUGA